UUCCAGGCAUCAAACACUCAACCAAUCUAAAUCUCAAUCUAAAUCGAUUAAAAAAAUUAACAGCAAAGAAAUUUCUGUAGAGAGAAAAAAAUGUCAGGAAGAGGAAAAGGAGGAAAGGGUUUGGGAAAGGGAGGAGCAAAGAGGCACAGGAAGGUGUUGAGAGAUAAUAUCCAGGGAAUCACUAAACCAGCUAUCAGAAGAUUAGCAAGAAGAGGUGGUGUUAAGCGUAUCAGUGGUUUGAUUUAUGAAGAGACUCGUGGUGUUCUUAAGAUCUUCUUGGAGAAUGUCAUUCGUGAUGCUGUUACCUACACUGAACAUGCCAGGAGAAAGACUGUCACUGCUAUGGAUGUCGUCUAUGCUCUCAAGAGACAGGGAAGAACUCUCUACGGAUUUGGGGGUUAGGGUUUACUUUUCUCCAUCUUGUAAAGAAUGUUGAGACUAGGGUUUCAAUUUGCUGUUCUUUUUAGUUUCACAUGUACCUGGAAAUCAAUUAGAUGAAUGUGAAAUGUUUUUAAUAUCAAUGAAAAUCAGUAAUCAACUCGUUUCUGUUUCA